AUGAAUAAUGGAGAAAAGCAAAUUAAUGAUAUAAAGAACUUAGUUAUAAUCAAUGGUGGUAUGUUAGGCACAGAUAAUGUCAAUGAAAGCAUAGAUAGCUUCUUCGCUGCUACCCAUGUAUUUGAUUUGCCUGUGAAAGAAAUGGAUCCGUUUAACACAAGGAGACGUCUAAUAAAGAAUGCUGGCCCAGUAAAAAUCUUCGUACCAUUGAUUGUGAUACCGAAAGAGAAGAAAAAUGACACCUAUCAUCGUCCAACACUUUCUACCUGCUAUCAUACUUGUCCUACUAAAUGUCCAGAUACCUAUGCUCCCGUGUGUGGUGUAGCCGGCAUAAUGGCCAGGGAACCAGCCCUGAUGUUCAAAAACCACUGUUUCAUGGAUGUCGCGCAGUGUAAGAUGUUUUGGGAGAACAAAAGUAGUACUUCACACAGCUCCUCCUACAUCGAAUCCUCCUUCCUAUUCUGUAUGGGAGACGAAAUGAAUGCCUUAUACAGAUUCUUGCCGGCAAUACGUACUCUCCAACGCAUGGGUCGACUGAAGAAGAAAGGGAAAUUUCGUUUGAAAAUGAAAAACUUUAGAUUUAUAAGCGAAUUUCGUUCUGGACGUCCUAAUUUUAUGGGAUAA